CCGCGAGCGCAGCUGGGGCAGCUCAGGGCCAGCCGGGGAGGGUCGAACUCGGAGCGGGGUCGGAGUGAGGAGCCGGCGCUGAGAGGCAGGCGCGGGGCGCGAAGCGGCGGCAGCAUGUUCAGCUGGAUGGGAAAGCAGGCUGGCGGGCGCGAGCGCGCCGGCGGCGCGGACGCGGUGCAGACGGUGACUGGUGGCCUGCGUUCGCUCUACCUGCGCAAGGUGCUGCCGCUGGAGGAGGCGUACCGCUUCCACGAGUUUCACUCGCCGGCGCUGGAGGACGCCGACUUCGAGAACAAGCCCAUGAUCCUACUGGUGGGCCAGUACAGCACCGGCAAGACCACCUUCAUUAGAUACUUACUGGAGCAGGAUUUCCCAGGCAUGAGGAUUGGUCCAGAGCCCACCACUGAUUCCUUCAUCGCUGUGAUGUACGGGGAGACCGAGGGCAGCACCCCAGGGAAUGCUUUAGUCGUGGACCCCAAAAAGCCAUUUCGAAAGCUUAGUCGCUUUGGAAAUGCUUUCCUGAAUCGGUUCAUGUGCUCCCAGCUGCCCAAUCAGGUCCUGAAGAGUAUCAGCAUCAUUGACAGCCCUGGCAUCCUGUCUGGGGAGAAGCAGCGCAUCAGCCGAGGGUACGACUUCUGCCAGGUCCUGCAGUGGUUUGCUGAGCGGGUCGACAGGAUCAUCCUGCUCUUUGAUGCUCACAAACUGGACAUCUCGGACGAGUUCUCAGAGGCCAUCAAGGCCUUCCGGGGCCAGGAUGACAAGAUCCGUGUGGUGCUGAACAAGGCCGACCAAGUGGACACGCAGCAGCUGAUGCGCGUCUAUGGGGCCCUCAUGUGGUCGCUAGGCAAGGUCAUCAACACACCCGAGGUGCUGCGCGUCUACAUCGGCUCCUUCUGGGCGCAGCCCCUACAGAACACUGACAACCGCCGGCUCUUCGAGGCCGAGGCCCAGGACCUCUUCAGAGACAUCCAGAGCCUUCCCCAAAAGGCAGCGGUGCGCAAACUCAAUGACCUCAUCAAGCGCGCGAGGCUGGCCAAGGUACAUGCCUACAUCAUCAGCUACCUGAAGAAGGAGAUGCCGAGUGUAUUUGGAAAGGACAACAAGAAGAGAGAGCUUAUCAGCAGGUUGCCAGAAAUCUACAUUCAGCUGCAGCGAGAAUACCAGAUUUCUGCAGGGGACUUCCCGGAGGUCAAGGCAAUGCAGGAACAGCUUGAGAACUAUGACUUCACCAAAUUCCACUCGCUGAAGCCCAAGCUGAUCGAGGCUGUGGAUAACAUGCUGACCAGCAAGAUCUCAUCCCUGAUGAGCCUCAUCAGCCAGGAGGAGCUGAGCAUGCCCACGCAGAUCGUGCAGGGUGGUGCCUUCGAUGGCACUGCUGAGGGCCCCUUCAACCAGGGCUACGGGGAGGGCGCCAAGGAGGGCGCCGACGAGGAGGAAUGGGUUGUGGCCAAAGACAAGCCCGUCUAUGACGAGCUCUUUUACACCUUGUCUCCUGUCAAUGGCAAGAUAUCGGGCGUCAACGCCAAGAAGGAGAUGGUGACCUCAAAGCUGCCCAACAGCGUCCUGGGCAAGAUCUGGAAACUGGCCGACUGUGACUGCGACGGCAUGCUGGACGAGGAGGAGUUUGCCCUGGCCAAACACCUCAUCAAGAUCAAGCUGGACGGCUACGAGCUGCCCAACAACCUGCCCCCCCACCUCGUACCCCCCUCUCACAGGAAGUCCCUGCAGAAGGCUGACUGAGGGGCAGGCCUCCCACAGGGCAGGCAGUAUGGGGUGGGAAUCGGGGGACCUGAGCCUGAGACCCAUGCUGCCAGUGACUCACUGAGUGACCCUGGGCAAGGCACUGCCUUCUCUGUGCCUCAGUUUCCUCAUCUGUAGAAUGGGGAGGGCAGACAGUGGACACUAGAUAUGGUCCUUUCACCUCUAAAAUUCCCUGAGUUUCUAUUAAAAUAUUGGGGGGAGGGAGUAGAUAAAGAGAUUGUAGGGUUGAAGAGAAAUUGACCAAAGAGUACUCAGAAGCCUAGAGAGACGCAGGUGUGGAGGUGGGCUUGGUGGAGUCCCAGGAGCACGGGGUGUGAGCUAGGGGCACUGCUGGAGCAUGAGUCUGCUGGGCUUCCCUGGACCACUCAUCAUUAUGAACCUAUCUGUGCCUCAGAGGGCACCGGGAGGGAGCAAAGAUGAUCUUAUUUAUUUUGUUUCCUGCUAUACUUAGAGUGGAAAAAAAAAUAGAUCAGAGAGAGUUUCUUUUCUCUCCAAACUGUCUACCAAAGAGAAGGCAGCUGUUGCCCGAGGUUUGAAAGAAGGAUGGACAGUGUCUGUGUGCGCCCUGUCCCUUCUGCAGACUCUAGCCGAGCAGAAGAGGCAGCCAGGCCAAAGAGAGCGUCUGUCCCAGCACCCCACUGACUGGCCUUCCCAGCAAAGUUGUAUUUGGUUAGGAAUUUGAAUGUAUAACCUUUAUUAAUCCCCUGGUAAGAUUUCCAGUGUUUAAAUCAUGCUGAAGUCUAAAGAGUAGCUUUUCUUACUGGUCUAUCCAAAAAUUUAUAGCAAAGUCUAUUUAUCGUACUUAAACUACAGUAAGGAAAAGGGGUGGUUCUCCCCAGUCAUCAGUUUAGUGUGGUUACAUGUCCCCAAGGCUCCUCGGUCGAUGGCAGAACUUAAACUCAGCAAAAACAUAUCUUGGUGCAUGCAGCGUCCUGGGCCUGUGGACACAAAGGGGAAUGAGAGGCCAGCCUGCCCUAAGCUAUCAGAUAGGAAAGAAUAGUCAACUAGUUUAGACACUUUUUAUUUUUUAAAAAUAGGCAUUUUUACUAUAAAAUAGUCCACUUUUUUUUCUUCAGGAUAAAAGCCUUUAUACAGAAACAGGAUGGAAACUUUCAUAUAAAACCUUUUCUUCGAAAGGCUUUGUGGUUCAUAUCAUGACUGCCUGUCAUGAGGUAUGGGCACAUCCCUGUACAUCGGCUCCCUGGUUCUCUCCCAGGUCCCCCGUGUCAACCCCUCUGGACCACGCACUCAGAUGCCUGCAUCAGGUGGAGGUGGUUAAUGCUCACUGCCACCCUCCCUGCUAUGUGGGCUCCAGCUCCGGGAUGCAGUGCCUUUCACCAUUAGUUAUGCAAUAGAAGAAGACAGACAUGAGAUAGUGAUGGUUGCAUGACAUGGGGCCCUGCCAGCACCAGAAAUCAACGAAAUCAGAACAGUCCCACCUGAGCUUUUCAAAAAACACUUUUUUUUUCUCUUGACACCUUUGACAUCAGGGUCGGAACUGUAGACUUAAGAGAAAUUUUUUACCUUAGAAAAGCAUAUAUCCAGAUGCCAGCCCUCACACUCCCUAGCUAACUUCCUAAAUAAUUUAGUUUUAAGAGAAGUAAAUGCAGAAUAUGGUUUUUAGUCUUAAUGAGCCCUUUUAAAUUAGACACAAAGAAAAGAGACGUUUAUAAUUCCAGUACUGUAAUAUGAGCAGAUAGUUCUGUGAAUGCGUAGGACUUCCUAAGAGUCUAAACACAGUGGAAUCCACCAAAAGGCAAAAUUGAGACAAAAGAGAGAGUUCAUUUGCCCAUAGAUUUGGAUAUGCCAAAGUUAGCUGAUUUUCCCUUCAGAAACAUCUUUCUUCUUUAACUCUGCUUGAUUAUCAUACAUAUAUAAAGAUAAAUAUAUACACAUA